AUGCUGACCUUCCCGGAGCAUGGACACGGCCUCCAGCAGCAGGAGAGGGACUGGGUCAUCCCCCCCAUCAACUGCCCCGAGAAUGAUCAGGGACCCUUCCCCAAGAAGCUGGUGCAGAUCAAAUCCAACAAGGACAAGGAGACCAAGGUUUUCUACAGCAUCACGGGGCAGGGAGCAGACACCAUCCCUGUGGGUGUCUUCAUCAUCGAGCGGGAGACGGGGUGGCUGGAGGUGACAAAACCCCUGGACCGGGAGGACAAGGAUAAAUAUGUGCUCUACUCCCAUGCUGUGUCAGCCAACGGGCAGCCCGUGGAAGACCCCAUGGAGAUCAUCAUCACCGUCACUGACCAGAACGACAACCGGCCCGUCUUCACCCAGCAAGUCUUUGUUGGCUACAUUGAGGAGAAUGCAAAGCCAGGCACAUCUGUGAUGACCGUGAACGCUACAGAUGCAGAUGAUGCGAUCAACGUGAACAAUGGCAUCAUUGGCUACUCCAUCCUCAGCGAGGAGCCCAAGGGUGCACGGGAGAUGUUCACCAUCAAUGCCGAGAAGGGCAUCAUCAGUGUCAUUGGCACAGGACUGGACCGGGAGACCACUCCCAACUACACGCUGAUCAUCCAGGCUGCAGACCAGGAGGGCAAAGGCCUGACCAACACUGCCACUGCCAUCAUCAAAGUCACUGAUGCCAACGACAACCCUCCCAUCUUCAACCCCAGCAUGUAUGAGGUGGCAGUGGACGAGAACGAGGUGGGGGUGAUAGUGGCCCGGCUGCAUGUGACAGACCAGGACCUGCCAGGAUCCCCAGCCUGGCACGCUGUCUACCGCAUCCAGAGCGGGGACCCGCAGGGCGACUUCGAGAUCAGCACUGACCCCAAAACUAAUGAUGGGGUUCUGAAAACUGCCAAGGGCCUGGAUUAUGAGACCCAGAACCAGUACAAGCUCGUGGUGUCAGUGGAGAACGAGGUCCCCUUCACCGUGACCCUGAAACCUGCCACAGCCACUGUCCUGGUGGUGGUCAGGGACAAGAAUGAAGCCCCCAUCUUCAUACCCCCAGUCAAGGAGGUGAUGGUGAGGGAGGAUGUGCCAGUGGGAUACCAGAUCGCCUCCUACACAGCCCAGGAUCCCGACAAGGACCAGAACCAGAAAAUCACGUAUCGCAUGGGCAGCGACCCCGCGGGGUGGUUAGCCAUUAACCCUGAGAACGGCAUCAUCACGGCAGCCCAGCCACUGGACUGGGAAUCGGCGUAUGCCAUCAACAGCACCUACAAGGCCAUCGUCCUGGCCGUGGACAAUGGGUCACCACAAGCUGCCACCGGCAUGGGGACGCUGCUCCUCCUGCUUCAUGAUGUGAACGACAACUGGCCCGUCUUCACCCAGGCAGUUUUCCACGGCUCUGUGCUGGAGGGAGCUAAGCCAGGCACGUCGGUUUUGCAGGUGCUGGCCACCGACGCAGACGACGCCGUGAACACCAACAAUGGCAUUGUGAGAUAUUCCAUCCUGAGCCAGGUGCCAGAGAAGCCCCAGCCCGGGAUGUUCACCAUCGACAGCAGCUCUGGGCUGGUCUCUGUAGCCAGGCUGGGGCUGGUGGCAGAGGCUGUCCCUGAAUACACACUGGAGAUCCAGGCUGCCGACCUGGAGGGGAUGGGGCUGCGAGCCACCGCCACCGCCCGCAUCACGGUGCAGGCUGAUAGCAUGUCUGAGGUGGGAAACGGCACCCUGACCACCCAUGUGCUGAACACGGCCACGGGGCUGCCGGCAGCCGGCCUUGCUGUCCGGCUGGCCCAGCUGCAGGAGCCGGGGCCGCAGUGGACGGAGCUGGCACAGAGGUACACAGAUGCGGACGGGCGCUGUCAGCCCCUCCUGGCACCAGGACAGGCCAAGUCUGGCACUUACAAGCUGCACUUUGAGACAGCCGAGUACUGGCGGGGACUGGGGCACACCAGCUUCUACCCCUUUGUGGAGGUUGUCUUCAUCAUCACCGACCCGGCACAGAAGCUCCACGUCCCGCUCCUGAUCAGCCCCUACUCCUACACAACCUACCGGGGCAGUUAGAGGGGUUCUGCCUUCCCCUGGGCACCCAGGA